AAGAUCGUAUAAAACUAGAGUGCCAUCAGGUUGCUUCACCGUUUGAUUUCGCCCUCGUUUCACGGCUGUAAAUCUGCGACGCGGUUGCGGUUCAAUUUGAUAUCAUGGCCAAAGAUAUGACCCUUCUGUGGGGCUCCGGCUCUCCUCCCUGCUGGAGGGUCAUGAUCGCCCUGGAGGAGAAGAACCUGCAGGGAUACAACCAGAAACUGCUGUCCUUCGAGAAAAUGGAGCACAAGUCGCAGCAAGUCUUGGACAUGAACCCCAGGGGUCAACUUCCCUCUUUCAAACAUGGGAACAACAUACUGAAUGAGUCCUUUGCAGCAUGCUUAUACUUGGAGAGUCAGUUCAAGUCCCAAGGAACCAAGCUGAUCCCUGAUGGCGCCGCAGAGCAGGCACUGAUGUACCAGCGCAUGUUUGAGGGUGUCACACUCGCUGAGAAAAUGGCGAAUGUUAUCUACUACAACUGGAAGGUCCCGGAAGGAGAGCGACAUGAUUCUGCGUUGAAGAGAAACAGGGAGGCUUUAGUUACUGAGCUGAAGCUCUGGGAGGGAUACCUGCAGAAGCUGGGAGCAGGUUCCUACAUGGCAGGGAAGAACUUCUCAAUGGCUGAUGUGAUUGUUUUUCCGAGUGUUGCCUACAUCUUCCGCUUUGGCUUGUCUCCGGAGCGUUACCCGAAGCUGGCAGAGUAUUUCGCUCUGCUGAAGGAAAGGCCCAGCAUCAAAGGCACCUGGCCUCCACACUGGCUGGAGAACCCCCAGAACCAGGACACACUCAAAGACCUCUGAGCCACACACCCUUCAUCUCACACACUAACUGUUCCCGUGUGAGCAAAUUCAAUCGAGAAUAAAUAUUAACAAGCCCUUUAAGUUUAUAUUAGCCCCUCCUCACUUUGCACUUCUGUAACUGCAUCACAAUAUUGAUAUGCACUUCCUCUUGCACUAUAUUUGCUUUACAACCUGAACGUUCAUGUGUUUUUUGCAAGUUGUCAAAUAAAGAUGGUCUUCUUUGCAAUGUGAAUGAAAGCAAUAAAAUCAAAUUCUG